GUGCUUGUUGGCGACAAAAAGUAUGCAUGUGAAAGUUGCAUCAAAGGACACCGCUCGUCGACGUGCCAGCAUAUCGUUCGUCCGCUCUACGAGAUCAAGAAAAAGGGCCGGCCGGUCACGCAAUGUGAACACUGUAGAGAGCUCCGAAAAACCAAGCAGAUCCACGUGAAGUGUAUAUGUGCGCACAAUGAUGACGACCCCGGGGUCUGUUGCUUUGUGUGCGGGUUAGGUAGUUCCAAGGUUCCGGCGAGCGCCGCGUUUCCGAGCGGGCUUCCCCCAGAAGCGCUGGGAACGUCGGUUGCGCUGCGCUCUCCACUUCCGGAUGGCUCGGACUGUGAGCGCGGUAUCGGACCGUGCGACUGUGCUACCCGCGCAUCGCGUCACAAGGGGAAGGCCAAGGCGCGUCCCCGUGGCGGAAGCGCAGAGCAGGCCUCUACCUCUCAACGUUCGAGGGAACCACAGGUAGCUGGGCCUGCCGGUAUUGUCGCGUCUGCACAUGCGUCCGGGCACCGUCCGGUGCUACCUCGACCACCCCCUCCAAGUCACGAAGCGACCCUCCACGGCCCCGCGCACGAUCCGUCUGUGGCUUCUACCCAUGCCUCUCGCUCGCGGCCUCAUUUGUAUACCCAAUCAUCUAGCCAUUUGGGAGAUACAUACAACCAGAUGGCACGCGGAAGUGACGACUAUGGCAACACAACCUUAGCCCAUCGACGCACAAGUGCUAUCCCAGCUGCCACAGCCUCGCCGGAUCUGCAAUCCUGGGGUAUCUCCUUCAAUGGGCCAUCUCCGAGCUUGUCGCUCCCUGCGGACGUCCCUCUCUGCGGUUGCGGGCCCACCUGUGCUUGCCCCGGCUGCAUCGAGCACUGCGGCCCGGACGUCCUCAUAGGCGCGGAGUGCGCAAACCCAAACGCAUGCGUAGCCUGCCUCGAGUAUGCCAUGCUCGGCAUGCCUGCUAUCCGCGGUUUUAACAUCCAGGGUGUGGCAUACGACCCUCAGGACGUCGACGAUUGGCUCCGCCAGAUGGGAGCUGCGCAGCCGCAGAUGCAAUCCCAGUCGCAGACUUCCGUUCACGCUGGAGGCCGCGGUGCAUCGGAUACGCAGUACGAUCCAGCCCUCCUCCAGACCUACGCUCUCUGGAACGACCUUCACGAUGCGCGGACACGCUCUAGGCCGGCACAGGGCGAGUGGGACGCGCUCGACGAGCUCGACGAGGCUGCGGCUAUGAAGUGCUGCGGCGGCCGCUGCCAGUGUCCUCCAAGUAUGUGCGCAUGUCCGCCCGAGUGUUGUGGGUGCUGUCAGGGUUGCUCGUGUGAGGGCCACCUAUGUCGGCAUGGCGCCGCAGGCGAGGGAGGCAGGUUAAUGUUCGCGCUGAGCGGGGAACGCGGGGGCUGCUGUCCUCCGUCUUCAUCUUGGCGGAAUUCGUGA